GUAAUUCCCAGAGGUUUUACCCCCCAUGCUGCGCCUCGUUGCUCUUACGACGCAUGAGCUCAUUAUUCCUUUUCCUGUCCCGCCAGCGCUUGUCGUCGGCCUUUCAUCGUCCGCGUCCUCACUCUUCCUCGCUCCUCACUGCCCCGCAUGACGGCGACUGUAGCUCAGUAUCCUCUCGCGUCCAAGGUGAAUGAUGCCUUCAUGCCGCUUUCAGGCGUGGACAUUCGAAGUGAGCGCAUUGCCCUCGUGCUGGACAUGGACGAAUGCCUUGUCCACACGAAGAUCAAGAGCAACAAGGCCAACAAGUACCGACAAGACGAAGCGCGUCCUGAAACAAGCGAGGAGUACCCCGAAUGCUUUGAAGUCGUCAUGGAAGACGGCGAAAAAGUUGUGGUGAACAAACGACCUGGCCUCGACGCUUUCCUCCAGAAAGCCAGCCAGCAUUUCGACGUCUAUGUCUUCACGGCUGGGCUUGAAAUGUACGGUCGGCCCAUUUUGGAAGCGCUGGACCCAUCGAAGAGUCUGUUCAAAGGCCACUUCUUCCGCACGUCGUGUACCCUCAAGAGCGGGUUCUUCAUGAAAGAUCUGCGCUCGGUCCGAACCGACUUGUCUAAGGUCGUCCUUGUUGACAACAACCCUGUGUCGUUCCUGCCGCAACCAAGCAAUGGCAUUCCGGUCCCAAGUUUCUACGACGACAUCCACGACAAGACGUUGGAUUCCUUGACCAAAGUGCUCAUGAACCUGUUGAACCUGUCGGACGUCCGCCCUCGACUCCAUCAACUCUUCCGCCUCUCGGACCUCUUGGCCGACCACCGCAAGAGCCUGUGGUGCAUGUGAAUGUGUGUAGUCGCCCCUUGUACUUUAUUCCGUCGACUAGUGCAGUCGUAUAACCUUAUCUUAUUCAUCCAAAUCUGGUACUGUUCCUCAA